UGUUAUGUUUGAUCAAAAUUUUCAAUUUAAUGCAAGCGUAACCAUUUUGAGCGGUAAGCCAACGUUUACGCAGACUGGUACAGAUUUUGAUACUUCCUGGAAAUGAACUCCAUCCUCUUUACACUUGAUAUUGAAAUCAUGACUUUCCCAUCCCCCUCCUUUACUGUCAUCUGUUGUACUCUUGCCUGAUUGACAUACAUCUAGAACUCAACAUGGCUGAGAAAGCGGAAACUUCAGGCCCUCCACAAAGCUUGAUAUGCCCACUUUGCUUAGACAUCUUCGUCGAAGCAGUCAUUCUUCCGACAUGUGGGCAUACUUAUUGCCGUAGAUGCCUCAAAAACAUCGAUCUUUCCACUCAGAGCUAUCAUAUGACGUGCCCUGUCUGCAGAAAGAAGUCCAAGUUUACAUCUGCAAAGUGUGUUGAUGAUUUCCCCGCUAAUGUGACGGUGAACGCGUUCGUAGACGACUACCACGCGAGAAAGAGUGAGACACGCCCAAAAUGCAAUACUUGCAGACGGCAAUGGGAUGCUGAGUUAUUCUGCAAGACCUGCGACAGGUAUUUGUGUGAAAGGUGUGUGACUGGUCAUCAAGAAAUGGCUUUUCAUUUUGAAGGCCAUGAGACUGUUGCCAUUGAGGAUGUCAUUGAUCAAUCUUCUAAAAAAGACUGCACCAACGAACAAGAGGACAAAAAGAGUGGAACACGUCCAAAAUGCAAUGCUUGCAGACGGCAAAGGAAUGCCAACUCAUUCUGCAAAACCUGCCACAAGUACCUGUGUAAGAAGUGUGUAUCGGGUCAUCAUGAGAUGGCUUUUCUUUUUGAAGGUCAUGAGAUUGUUCCAAUAGAGAAGAAGCCUGAACAAAAUCUUCAACCUAACCUCGGCAGCAACACAAGAUCAGAUCCCAAGUUAAAUGUCAUUAAACGUGUAACUCUACCAGCAUUUGCAGAGGUGUGGGGAAUGACGCGGUACUCUGAUGACAGCGUGGGUAUCCCGUUUGGGAAGGUUGGACAUGGUGCAGCUAUAAUCAAUUCAGAUGGUAGAGAGCAGCCAUGGCCGUACCCGAACACACGUAAUGGCCUGGAGUAUUUUGAUCUUAUUAUACAGGAAGACAGGUCACUAUGCGUAUCGACGGGUAAUUCAGAAGCACACGUAUAUUCUCCCGAUGGAUCUAAGAAAUCAACCAUUCACGUGAAUGACAAUGGCAAAUUUCUCACCCUAAACAGGAGUCCAUCAGAUGAAAUCAUCAUUUCUAACGCUGGAAAACAAGUUUACAUCUAUGACCCUACAGGAUCCACUCUCAAACACGCUGUUCAAACAAGAAACAGGACCGGUCAGGCAGCAGCCACCAGAUCGGGUUUGAUCGUCGCGAGUUCAUGUUGUUUCUUUCCAAGGGUGUUAACAGUCUAUGACAGGGAUGGGAAUGCCGGUGAGUCUCUACAAGGUCCAGAUGGUGUCGGCCUGUAUGCUGCCGUGGAUGAGCAGGAUAGGGUGUAUGUAGCGAGUGUUGACAUGCUGAAUAAGAGAGUUGUGAUCAGGCUCUAUGAUCUUGACGAUCUGAACUUGAAGGAAAGAGUUGAAUUCAAUGCGCUCGAUUUGAAAGGGAUGUUUUCAUCGUGGUGUUACCUGGUUUCCCUUUCAUACGAAAUGCUUGCAUUUGCUUGUAUGAAUCACUUGUAUUUCAUCAAAGUAUCACUGGAAUAAAAUGUACCUCGUUUUCAUAUAAUCCAAACUCAACUGAACUUAAUGAUCUGCAUUAUUGCGAAUAAUGGACCCCCCCCCCUUCCACAGAUAGUGUAGGACUAAUUGAUUAUCAGUCCAUUAACCGUUUUAUCUGCACAUUAAUCGGUUGUAUGUCUCCGAAAUAUCAAAAUUUGAAUGUAAACUGUGAAUUAUCAACUCAAGAAGAGUGCCUGGUAACUUUACCACUUCGUCGCACUCUCUUUCAAUGAAAAUGCAGUAUAUAUAUCGUUAAUUCUUCGUUUUCAUUGAUUAUAUUCCCUACUACUACUUUACAAAUUUAACUGAGCUAAUAAAUAUUGUAAUAAUAUUUAUUGUUAAGGUAGUUCAAGUGCACAUAUGAAUUAUCAUAUGAUAGUUCAUUGGCAAAUUUAUCAGAUAUUAACUUAACAAGCUAACUUCUAAUACUUUGUAUUUAUUUAUUUAUAUUAUUUUAUUUUGAUUCCAGGCAAAAGGCAACAAUAAUAUGUACAAGAGGAAGAUAUUACCACCCACUAGUGCCUGUGGAUGACUAUCAAAAAGAAAAACUAGUUUCUAUUAUGAAGCUCUCCUCACCAGUCGGGGUUUACAAAUAUACAAAAAUAAAAUGGGUAUUAAUUGGCAAUAAAUAUUUUGUUUAUAGUGCAAGACAAAGUGUACGUAUCAUUUUUUAUACAAGUAGUUUUGUCAGGUAUUAUACAUGUAUAUUCAACUAGAUUCAUGCUCAAAUUUCUACCAUGUUGUGUUUGUGUUUUGCUCAUGUAGUAGGAGGCUGCAUUCUAUUAGCUUCGCUUUUUAGUAGCUUCCUCAAUUUCCGUCCUGAUUUAUGGUUAUCUUGAUUAUUAUACAUAUAAAGUUUUCUGGUUUUAUUGAUUAUAAAUAUCAAGAUGUAUGUAA